AUGAAUAACACGUAUGGCCCAGGGGCCCAACCCCUGCAGAACCGGCGAACAUUUCAACCAGAUGCAUCCAUCGUCCUGGUUGGUUGUCGCGGCGCUGGCAAAAGGACUUUGGGAUUCAUUGGAGCCACUUACCUUCACCGCCGGCUUCUCACCGAGGACCAUUACUUCAAACAGGCCACCGGGUGCAGCAGGGCUCAGUUCAUGGAGAAAUAUGGCAAAGAAGCACUCAACAGCCAGUUGACAAUGAUUCUGGCGCAGGUUCUGCAGGCUAACCGAACGAAUUGUGUGAUAGAAUGCGGGAUGGGAACUUGGAGCCAAGAGACCCAGCAGCUGCUCUCGCAGUUUUCCCAGACCAAUCCUGUCAUAUACGUCCACCGGGACAAGGAGGACAUUUACAGAUUUCUCAAGAUUCCCGUUGCGGACGCAGAGCGACUUUUUCUUGCCGACCAGAAGCACCGUGAGUACUGCAACUUGGAGUACUAUAACCUCCACGACUCUACUGCUGAGAGCAAUGGGUCAAAGGAGUCAGGACUGAGGUCCGCCUCUAUGGUUUCGGCGAGACUCUUACAAGUGAAAGAGGACUUUACCAAAUUCCUUGAUCACAUCACAGGACAAGGCGUCACGCGGUCGUGGCUAGAAAACCCCUUCUCAGUUGACGCUAUACCGCCGGAGUGGCGGGCACACUCGUAUGUCUUGCGUUUGCGCCUUUCGGACUUCCUGACCCAAGAGAUCAACAUGCAGGCCUUAGAGUCCGGGGCGGAUGCCGUCGAAAUCAUUGUUGACACAUGGCCGGAUAACAUCAUGGAUGUACUUGCUACGCAAGUUGCAACAAUCCGCCGUAAGCUGGGUCUGCCUAUUCUUUACCACGUAGAAGAGAACCCACGGGAGGAGCGCCAAAGAAGCCAGGAAGAGCGCGACGCCGUCGACUUUACGCUAAUGCUUCACGGUCUUCGGCUUGGCGUUGAAUACCUGAGCCUGGACUUGGAACGCAGCGAGGAGGUAGUAUCUCAGAUUAUUUCCUUGCGAGGACGAACAAAAAUAAUCGGCAACUAUACGUUGAAGGGAUUCAACGCUCCAAAGUGGUCAGACCCCAUUUACAUACAGUAUUAUCGGCGCGCGCAAGCUCUCGGGUGCAGCGUUGUUCGGUUCGCGAGAUUCUGCGCUCAGAAUCGAGACGACGAAGCCCGACAAAGGCUUAUGGACCACAUCAAUUCCAUGCCCGAUCCAAAGCCCCAGCUCGUCGCUUAUGAGUAUUCUGUCCUUGGCGCGGUGCAUGGGGGCCCGUUCAGUGAAGGCAAAGCGGCCCCGUCGGGCCUGGUACUCUAUCCAGUCGGCCACAACUCUAUCAAGGCAUCGUCGCGGGAACACCUUGCUGGAGUGAACACAACUCGUGGUAUCAUGCGGCUGAUGUUUCGACACGGGCGGCUCCAGCCCCUGAAAUUCUACACUGUGGGCUCAAAAGUCUAUUACUCUGCGUCUCCAGCCAUGCAUCGAGCGGCAUACGAGUUUCUCAUGAUGCCUCAUUCCUUCGAUGCUAGGAAAUGCGACGAGCUCGAGGAACUAGACAGGCUCCGGCGCGAGUAUGACUUUGGCGGUGCGUGUUUGACGGCUCCGUUCAAAGUCGUCAUGAUGACCCACGUAGACCAUCUAAGUAGCCAUGCCCAGGCCAUUGGGGCGGUCAACACGCUUCUGCCAUUGCGCGGGCAGACUGCCUCAAUUCUUGACCACGCAAAAGCUCGCAACCAAGCAGGUUCGACGACCAAGUUUUUCGGAGACAACACUGACUGGAGCGCUAUUAUGACCUGCUUACGGCGGGCCAUUAGCCCAAGGAACACUGUUCAGCCAUCUCGCACCACAGGCCUUGUUAUUGGUGCUGGAGGCAUGGCGAGGGCCGCUAUCUAUGCUCUGAUCAAGCUAGGCUGUCGCAAGAUCUUCAUCUUCAACCGAACAAAAGCGAACGCGCAGAAGGUUGCAGAGCAUUUCAAUAACUGGGCCCGAGAGCGGCGGCUCGUGCCUAGUCAUGGCCCAGUGACAGAGAUCUGCCACGUUCUGGAUUCAACAGCGCAGGGAUGGCCGCAAGGCUACCAACAACCUACGUUGAUAGUCUCAUGUAUUGCUGCAGCAGGAGACUUGCAUGACGCUACGAUUGACUUCCGGGUGCCAUCACAAUGGCUCAACAGCCCUACAGGUGGCGUGGUAGUUGAAUUGGCUUAUGAACCUCUCAUUACGUCCUUCGUUGCGCAGAUGCGGGACAUACGCGAGGCGGGCGGUACUUCUUGGGUUAUUGUCGAUGGCCUUGAGGUGGUGUCCGAGAUGGCCAUGGAGGCAUUCGAACUAAUGACGGGUUUCAAGGCGCCUAAGUCACUGAUGCGUCGCGUGUGCAACGAAAACUGGGAGAAAAAUUGCGCUCCAUUCGAGCCACGACGAUGA